AUGGCAAUUCCAUCCUGUAACGACGACGAGGGAAUGAACAACGACGAGCACGAGUCCUUCUUAGAGUGGCCCCGCCUUUCCUCCUCCUCAUUCUCCUCCUCCCGCCCAGCUCCCCGGUGGACGGCAAUCCUCGGCCCCUGCCAAGUUCUCGUCUUCCCAAACUUCCUCUCCCUCCCCGACACUCGCGCCCUCACAGACUACCUCCUUCAAGAAAUGAAACUUCAAAUCGACGAUAAACUCGACCCGACAAAACCUCGACCCGUCAAGAUCCCUCGCCCAGGUUAUGCGUUCCGGGAUAAUGACAGGAUCCAGUUUGAUUCACCAGAGUUUGCGAGUAUGGUUUGGAAUAAGUGUGGGUUGAGGGAUAGGUGGAAGGAGCUUUGGGACCAUCCUAAGUAUGGGCUUGAGACUGUUCAGGGUCAGAGUAUUACAUCGGGAACUAGGAACAACAAAAGGAUCCGCCGUGCCGUAGGCCUAAGCCGCAACAUCAGGAUGUACAGAUACCAACAAGGUCAAUCUUUCGGAGCACACUAUGACGAAUCCGUCAUCGAAAAGGACGACGCAGGCGACGAUGUCGUUUCUGAAUACACUGUCCUCAUCUACCUUAAUGGCGAACGUGAUUCGGACCUUAUUGGCGGCGAAACGGUAUUUUAUCCAAAGGGCAAGAAGCCUAUCCCUACUUCUGGCGCCACUGCACCGACAAGAGGAGGUGGCGGUAAGAAGGGAGGCGGAGCUAAGGGUUCAGGGAAUGGAAAUGCAGCUGCUGCUGGAGGAGCACCAGGAACAGGAGCUGCAGGGGCAGGAGGAGAGUCAGGACUGAGUUACACGCUGCCGAACGGCGGAGUUGCUGUGAAACCUGAAAGAGGACUGUUGUUGGUGCAUAAGCAUGGAGAUGAAUGUAUGUUGCACGAGGCGUUGAUAGUCCAGCGCGGGUUCAAGUAUGUCCUGCGUACCGACGUUGUCUAUGAGCUAUAA